GCUCAUGGGGUGCACUGAACAUCUCCCCACCCCCAAGGAGUGCAGUGUCAUUGGGGGUCCAGCAGUCUCUGCAUGCUGAGCAACCUUGGUGGGAGAGACAUAACCAGGCAACUUCCAAAGAACCCCAGCUUUCCUCUGAGAUGGUAGAUUACUACAAGGUCCUUGGACUGCAAGAAGAUGCCUCACAGGAUGAUAUUAAGAAGUCCUACCACAAACUGGCACUAAAAUGGCAUCCUGAUAAGAAUCCCAAAAACAAGGAGGAAGCUGAGAAGAAAUUCAAAGAAAUUGUUGAAGCGUACGAGAUUUUGUCCAAUCCUCAGAAGCGAUCACUCUAUGACAAGUCUGUGGAGGAGAGCAGAACCCGCAGGGGAAGAGCUGCAGCGGGCUGUGACUUCUUUGGUUCCCAUCAUGGAUUCCCCUAUGAAGAAGAGAUCUUUGGAGGGAUGUAUCCAUUUACGUGUAUUUUCUUGAACCCUUUUGACAUAAGAAUCAAUGAUCAAAACUGGCAGAGUGCAUAUGGAAGAGGAGGAAGGCCCAGGGACUCGUUUGUGCAAUGGAAUACCUUCUGUCCCAGUGGGCACCCCACCUCCUUCAUUGCUGAAAACACAUCUGGGCCAUAUGGUGUCAGAACAGUGAUAACCACUACUGAAGUGAUCAAUGGCAAGACCAUCACCACUCGGAAAAUCAUUGAGGAUGGGCAGGAGACAAAAGAAGUGGAAGAAGAUGGCCAGCUGAAGUCUGUAAUAAUCAACGGGAGAGACUACCUGAAUUCUUAA